AUGGUUGCUGGCUCCAAGAUUGAUGGGAAGAAACUGAAACGACAAGUCAAAGCCAAUGCUAGGCAAGAGUACACGAUUUUGGACAGUACUUCUCGCCGUGUUGAUCACCAGUCCCAAGUCUUUGGGCGCUUCCUACCCUUUGGUAACAAAAUGUUAUUUCUCAAUUGGAACAUACCAUUGGCAGCCAGCGGGGAUAUAUGGUCACAAUCUCCCAAAUACACACCUCCAUUCGGCUUUCCUGUCUCGACCCCGGACGGCGGCGUUGUUCGGACGCCCUCGGCUACUGGCGGUUCUCCCACGCAAAUUACCUCUCUGCAUGACAAGCCCUCGCCACUUUCUGCUGCUGUCUCAGAAGCCAUAGCAUUAGAUCGGACACACCUUUUCCUGCAUGGCAGGUUCGAUGAUCUUGCAAAGACAUUGAACAGCACGGAGAAAGCUACGAUGUCGAGCUGGCUGUACCAAUUCUGGCUGUUUGCCUUGGUGACAUCCAAACACUGGGGUCAAGAACCACGGACCUGGACUAGGUACAACCUAGCCUUUGACACUUAUGAAGGCCUCUGCCGGCCCCCAUCUGCAGCAUCUCCGACUCUGUUCAUUGAUUGGUCUUCAGAUGUGGGAGUCCACGAAGAAAGCCCGGAGAUUCAAAGACCAUCACAACGUUGCCGUUGGUCUAUCCAUAUUGAUGAAGAAGCACACGAAGUCGAGUUCGACGCCGACUUCAGCAAUCCAAAUACUGAAAGACCGCCAGCAUCGCCCCUGGAAGAGCAGCUGGAAAAUGCCCUCGAAAACAACGAUUUCAGUAAUAUUGCAGCAGACAAACUACCUCUAGCUAUGUCGCAAAUUGUCAAGGCUGUCAAGAGGUCACCUAACGAGCUCUUGCUAGAAUCGUUGUCGUUCAGCAUCAUGGCUAGAAAUAUUCCACUCUUGGAGGAGAUGUUGAAACAAGUCAACGCUCGAGCCAUUGAUGUGAAACCGGUUUACCCGUUACAUAUAGCUACCAGUUACUUCGACGGCGGAUCGACCUGCUGUCUUAUCCUCGAAACUCUGUGUUCAAGGCUUCGAAGACCGAACACUUUCUACACCAACGACUAUGGCCAUACAGUCCUUGACAAUUUGAUGAUGACCAUUCUAAAAGGCCAUUCGAGCAGCUCACCAGACAUCUUAGAUGACACUUUGACGCAGGACUCGCGCUUUGCGGGGAUCGAGGUUGAUUUGUGUGGACGCUGGGAUGCUGAUUCGCCAUACUUUCGAGUUCUCUUACAGUCUGGAAAAGCCCAAGUUCCGCUCAAAUGGAAACACAAAUUCUGCCAUACUUCUAUUCUAGCGGUGUGCCACUGUAUUGAUGCCUUGCGCGCUUGUGGUCUCCUUGGCCAGUCAAGUGGACAUUUUGCGAAGCGAUGCUUCGGCUGCGGUCUGUCCCUACAACUCUCGCCAUUCCAUGUUCUCGUCCUGACAGCUUUUCAACUGGCUCGAAGCGGGUGCGAAGGUGAAGAUCUUCUUGGCAUGAUCGCUGUUUUGCUGUGUAUGUUGGCAAACAAAAUGGACCCGCAGACUAGGACUGCUGUCUCUAUCGACUUGCUCCUGGGAAUCGACGAUGGCACCCGCUGCACUCACGAGGAUCUGAGGGCCAUUGAUCUCGCCGAAAGGUUGCCAUCUACCGAUGGAUGGUCUGCGGAGUUACAACGGGGCUGGCACAUAUUUUGUCACAUUCUCCGACCUGUUGAGUCUGCUGGCACCCGAUUAUGCGAAACAAAGUUGCUGUACGAGGAUUUCAUGCUCGAUUCCACCCUAGAUUCCUUAGACGAUAUCAAUCAAGGUUCCCCUAGCCACGAUUCGGGCUCAAGUCGCGAACAUGGUGUCUUCCCUUCGGAAUGUUCGGCGGAAUGCUCUGAAUUCUAG